AUGUCCUCCCCCUUGUGGAAUGCAUCUUCUAGCACAUUUGGCAUGUCAAUCCUCACCCUUCAGGCCGACUUUUCCAGUGGCCUCACCCUUUUGACAACGGCUCCCCCUGCCAAUGAAUUCCUCAGAGCUACAGAGGGUCCAUUUGCGGAGUUGAAAGAGCUAGUUAUGCAGCAUACUUCAAUUGCAAACAGACCACAAUUUCAACCCCUCGGUCAUUCAUCUGUUCAGACAGUUGGUGUCAAAAACCCGGAUUGUAGGGGUAAAUGCGGGCCCAGUUCUGCUGGAUGGUACAAGAGGCUCUAA